CGGUGAGUGAGGAGUGUUCCCAGCGUGUGAUGUCUCAGUUAAGUGGUGCUGUGUCUCAUCUCCAUUCUCUUGGCUUUGUGCACCGUGACAUCAAGCCAGAGAACAUCUUCUUGUGUGACUGUGCUUGUCGCUGGGUCAAACUGGGUGACUUUGGCCUGGCUCGAGCACAGGGGACCGAGGUCCGUGCUGUGUGGUACAAUUCCCCUUUCUGUGUGCCCGAGGUGGAGUGCGCCAAGAGAGUCAGUGAUGCAGAGGAGGAAACGGAGGACAUCUGGAUGUCUGUGGAGCCCAGUUUGGAUACUUGGGCUUUGGGGAUCCUCAUAUACUGCCUGCUGACUAGCUGCUUCCCCUGGGAGGAGACCACUUCUGAUGACCCUUCCUACUGCAAAUACAGAGACUGGUUAAACCGAAUCAAACAGAGAGAGGAGACACAAGACACUGUGAGAGAGGAGAACGAAGCUGAAACUGAUGUGGCCUCGCAGUUUGACUCUUUAAGCUCAUUCGUUCUCACCUUGCUGAGAAAGCUGCUGAAUCCACUGCCCUGGCUUCGCCCCGGGCCUGAUGAGAUCCUGUCUUACCUCGGGGGACCUUGGUUACUGAAGACAGAGAAAGAGGAGAUGAGGAGAGAGCAGGAGGCACAAGUGGAGGCCAAGAAGAUGCAUGAGAGAGGAGGAGUGGAAGGGGAAACAGAGAUAUUGGGAAGGAGGGAGAGAUAAAGUUUAUAUACAGAUGUACUUUAUUUUCAAGAUUUUAUAUAGUGUUUAUAUUUUGGAAUAUUACUGUUUUGUUUUUUUUAAAUAUCAAUAUAAUAGUUUUAUUAUAAAACUGGAGAAAUGGAGAAAAUAAAUGGAUGUGUAAAUAGACUACAUACAAUCAGAUGUGAACUUUCUGCAGACACUUGAAUAGUGGCCCCAAAAAUAGU